AAGCCACCGGAAGUUGAUUUCACGUGACAGCUCUAGACCCUGCAUUACUGGAUGCGGCCAUUUUUGUAUGUCCAGCAAGGUGGCCAUCGGCAGCGACAUUGGCCAGGCCCGCCAGGCCGUGGAGCAGCUGCGGAUGGAGGCAGGAAUCGAGCGCGUGAAGGUAUCCAAGGCAGCCACCGACCUGCUACAGUUCUGCACCGAGCAGGCCAAGAGCGACCCUUUCCUUGUGGGCAUCCCAGCCGCCACCAACCCCUUCAAGGAGAAGAAACCCUGCGCCAUCCUGUGACCCCAUGGCAGUGCCACCGAUGGCCCCACAGUACAGGGGGCUUCAAUAAACACACGGAUUGAUCCUUGGGGGUGCAGCUUGGCUGAGCGGAGAUGGAGCACGGGCGUGAUGGGCUUGCGGGCGCCCAGUCUCCCUCCCCACCCCACCGGUCACACACACCCUGAGGCCACACUGCCACCAUCCCUUCCCACUCCGCAGAGGAGCCUGGGCAGAUGACCACUGUCACUACCCUGCAGACACAGACUGGGGCUCAGUGACAACCCCCACACACGCACAGCCACACGGUCAAGUCACACACAGAGAGGCACCAGUAGACAAAAGUACCCAGGGUCCUCACCCCCUACA